AUGACUAAUGCUUGGAGGCAGAUUCGCCGAAUGAAGAGGUUGGCAGUAGGUUCAUCAACGACUCCAGAAUAUAUCGAGUGGUUAAACAGCAGGAUCAAUGACAAUAUACCUGUGCCAAGUCAGGGAGACAAUCAACUAGCAGAAAAGCAUGUACGAGUUGUCCCUUCCGAGCUAGAAAUUAUAAGGCAUGAUUUUGAAAGAAGAAAUUCAGAGCUCGAAAAGAAGAUAGAGCAAACGGAAGAGGAGAAGAUGAAUUUAAAGUUGGACAUAGAUGUUCAGAAGUUGGAAACUGAAGGCCUGAGAAAAGGAAAGCGCAAAGCCGAGGAAGAUUUGAAUAGCUUGAAGACGGAUUAUAAGAGACUACGUCUGUUAGUGAGAACUGCCGGGUUGGGAAAAAGCUCAGAGCAGUGGCGUCAAGAGGUUGAAGAAGAAAAGGCCAAGGCUGGUAGGUGGGAAAAGAGAUUUCAGGAGGCUCAGACACAAAAUAAGUCCCUUGAGAGGAGUUUGUCAGAAAGCCAGAAUGAAAGGGAUGAAUUAAAAGCUAGGGUGGCCGAACUGGAGAAAACUGUUCAUCAAUAUCGAAAUCACAAUAUUGUGAUGGAGUUGCAAGCAAGCUUGAGUAGGAUCGAGCAAAUGAAGAGAACAGUAGAAGGAUUAGAGAUUGCAUUACAGAACUGUGAAGCCAGGAUUGAACAUCUGGAAGCAAACAAAGAUCAUCAAAGUGAACAGCUUCACUAUCUCCAGGAUCAAGUUGCAAAAAGGGAUCACAUUAUGGGAGAAGCUGUAGUUCAGAUUCAAGGGGUAGCUAAGCACCUACAGAAUUUGGCAAUACAAGCUGAUAUAUUAAGCGUGAAGUACGAAUCGGAAUCAGAUCAGGGGCAGAAGUUGGCAUCGUUACUUAGGGAGAUUAAAGUUCUAAGUGUUAGGGCAAAGCCUUAUUUAUAG